GGAUCCUCCCACGCCCGUGGGCCUCCUGAGAGAUCCUUAGAUCCAGGGUGCCCCUCCAGCCAGGAUGAGGCUCUUCGUCGCUCUUCCUGUCCUGAUUGUGGUCGUAGCCAUGACUUUGGAAGGCCCAGCCCCCGCCCAGGCGGCCCCUGAUUUGUCCAGAACAUUGGAGAGCUUACCGGAUAAACUGAAGGAGUUUGGGAACACUUUGGAAGACAAGGCCCGGGCAGCCAUUGAACAUAUCAAACAGAAGGAAAUUUUGACCAAGACCCGGACCUGGUUUUCAGAGACAUUCGGCAAAGUGAAGGAGAAAUUUAAAACCACGUUUGCCUGAGCGCCUGGCGGCCUCCUCGCAGCAGCAAGGACGUCGUCCACGUGAAGUGCCAGGUCCUCUUCAUCACACACCAAUAAAAAACAUGUAGAGAACAAA